UCUGCACUGCCUCGUUACUUCAGUUCCGACCGCAGUUUUCGCCUUACAACUGAAAGCCGCAGCAGCUUCUACCUUCUUCAAUCGAGCAAUGCAGCAGGCUGGGUCAUCUGGGUCAGAGACGGAGGUCACGUGGGAAGAUCAGCAGAAGAUUAACCAAUUCAGUAGGCUGAAUAAUCGAUUUCACGAGCUUGAAGACGAAAUCAAAUUGGCCAAGGAAACAAACGAUAAUCUUGAGGAUGCCAGCAAUGAGUUAAUUCUCACUGAUGAUGACAUAGUGCGUUUCCAAAUUGGGGAAGUUUUUGCUCAUAUACCCAAAGACGAAGUUGAGACCAGAAUCGAACAGAUGAAAGAGGUAACCAGCAAGAAUUUGGAGAAGCUAGAAGAAGAAAAGGAAUCAAUAGUCGCUCAAAUGGAUGAACUUAAGAAGAUUUUGUAUGGCAAGUUUAAAGAUUCCAUCAAUCUUGAGGAGGAUUAGGGAAAUGCAUGUUUUAUUCUUAAAUGUUUUUGGCUGAACUCAGUUUGCUGUGGUGACCUUUUUUGUACACUACUUAUGCACACUUUGAGCUGUAUUGUGUUCUUGAAAGGGAUGCGCGCUUUCUUUGUUUUGCUGUUGAGUGUAAAGGAUCUGCUGUCUUAGAUUUUCAUAAGAUGUCUUCAUUAGUGGUUCAUAAAAAGUUGGCUUUUUCAGCAAUUUUAGCGA